UUAAGUCAAUUUCUAUGCAUCUCAAGAUAGUAAUAAUAGUGACAGAUGAUUAAGAAGAGAAAAUAAUAAAUACUUCAAAAACCAAAAGAUUUUUCAUGCACGCAAGCGAAAGUACUUCGGGCAUAUUAGCAAAAAACUACAGUUAUUUUUCCUUGAAAAAACCAAAGCUAUUUCUUGCCAAAAUUUCAAUUAGUCAGUUAACAUAUUAGGACCUUUUUUGCCAUUAAAGUAGAAAAGAAAAAGGAAAAUAAUCAAAUGAUUUAGAUACACAACCCAAUAAACCGUUGUUAUGUUCAUGAAGAGUCACCAUGCAACUGUAUAUAUACAUAUAUAAACCACCCUGACAUCCAAACAUUGUCUAUCGCCACAACAGCACACAUCAAACCAUCAAAUCUUAGAGAAUAUAAAACUAAAAGAAGAAGAAAAAGAAGAAGAAGAAGAAGAAGAAGAAAUGGAAGAAGAAUAUGGAUGGGGCACUGGUUCAACCAUUGCACUUGUGCUGGUUGCUUUGAUUCUGCUGUUUGCUCCUUUAGGAAUGGGGCCAUUGCAGCCACCGCCUGCUCUUUUGUUGUUAUUCUUCCCUGUCACGCUGGUCGCUCUCUUCUACUUCCUCCAUCAAGCCUCUAAGUAAAUACAUGCAUUUGUAAUAUGUAUAUGUUUUCAAUUACAAAUUCUUUCUUUUUCUUUCUUUCUUUUCUUUUCCUUUUUUUUUGGGGUUAUUGUUGUUCUAUAUAUUAACAAAGUGGGGCUACUGUCAGAACUACUGUUGUUUCUUUAUAAAUGAUGUUUUUUUUUUUGUUUACUUUUUCUAUGAUUAUAUUGGUAAUAUACCCAUUUUGGUUCCUGUUUACAUUUAUUUGUAUGCAUUCUGCUGCACUUAGUUCUUCAACUUUGCUAGGAGGAACCCUGUAACCACAUUGCAGAUUGGCUAGCCAAGUAAAUUGUAUAUAAUGUUUUUGUAUAUUGGCAGGGUUGUAUCCCCCCCUUCUAAUAUGUUGGAAUAUUAACAUAUAAAUAUGAUAAGCCAGCAGUAAUAUUUAUGUGUAAUAUAUUAUUCUCAACAAUAAGGAGUAAGAACUACAACACUACUAUUUACAUUAAAAAAAUAUCAUCAGAAUAGCAGUGAAGGACAAUUUUAAUGACGAAAUUGCGAUGAAAUGACACAUUA